AUGGUUCUCCUCGGCGUCAUUGUUGGGGGCCUUCGGGCCCUCAGCCAUCUCGCCCAUGCCUACUGCCCGUCUGACUUCGGUCAGAGUGCGGUUGGCAGUCUCGGCGCUGGUGGUCUCUGCCCUAGGAUCAUCGGCGCCGUCGACAAGGUCGUCUUCAAGGUUGAGGACUCGCUCAGCGGGUUCGACAACACGACCUCUGGCCUUCUCGGCUACUCCUUCAUCGGACACGAACUGGUCUCCGACAUGAUGGCUUUCGUUAUCGGCGGCAACAUCGCUCCUAUGUCUGCCACCGAGGCUUCCGACAACCUCGCCUUCGUCAACGACACCUCUUCUGUCCACGGUUACACGGUAUACGGCUUCACCAACCUCGUCCUGCACCUCGUCAACAGCGACCCUGACAACAACGGCACUUUCGAGCAGCUCGCAACGACGACGGACAUCAUCGUCGCACCCAAGUACGAGCUGAUCCCUUGGGAAGCCCCAAUGUGCACGGUCUGCCCUGGCCAGUUUAUGAUGAAGAACCUGUUCAACGUUCCAGCUCCCGAGCUCGUCGUGUAUGUUCCUCCGAACACGUGCCUGCUCAGGGACCUGCACUCUUUGCCAGCUUCCCUUGACGUAGCGCCUCGCGUCCUCGAGGCUCCGCGUCACACGGCACGUCUUGGUGCUCUGCUACUGCGCCUUUUUCGGCUCUCGGGUGCACUCGGGACUCGCAAGGUCAGCCUCACCGUCGGUGCCACCGCGCACCUCCCCGGCUACGGUCUCUAUCUGCUCGUCGUGGGCGCAAUGCUCUGGAGCAUGCUCCCGACAUCCUGGUAUAACUCUGGCAUUGGUUGUGGCGUUCCUCUGGCUGUGCUAGGGGUCGCCCAAAUUGGUCUCGACUUCUUCCUCCCCAUCGCUCCAACAGCUCUCAACGAGCCCACAACACCCACACAAGUAUCAGCAUCGACAAAGUCAACACCCGACUCGCACUCGGACUCCGAAGACCUCUCAGCGCUCUCGGAUGAGGAGCUCGAGCGUGAGAUCGCCGAGCUCAUGCGCGCGAUGGCGGAGCACGACGCGAACAUUGAGGAUCUUCUCCAGUCUGGCAUCGCGCGGCUCGACCUGCAGGAUGCCGUCCUCAGUCAAGUGGAGGACGGACUCGCCAACGCAGAGGGCAUCGCGGACGACCUCCUGGCGCUCACACUCCCCAGGGAGGACGAGGAGGUUGAGGAGAACGGGGACGGGGAGGACGGGGAGGACGGGGAGGACGGGGAGGACGGGGAGGACGGGGAGGACGGGGAGGACGGGGAGGACGGGGAGGACGGGGAGGACGGGGAGGACGGGGAGGAUGGAGAGGGUGAGGAGAGGUAG